UCUCUGUGCGCACGCGCAGAUCCCGGGCGGCUGGCGGAGCGCGGAGCUGCGCGGGGUGUGGGUCGCUGUGUCCGCCGUGCGUCGGAUGUUGCGAUCCCCAAUCAUGGCGCUCGCGGUCCGGGUGGUUUACUGUGGCGCUUGAGGCUACAAGCCCAAGUAUGUUCAGCUCAAGAAGAAGUUAGAAGAUGAGUUCCCCGGAUGCCUAGACAUCAGUGGCGAGGGGACCCCCCAGACCACCGGGUUCUUUGAAGUGAUGGUGGCUGGGAAGUUGGUUCACUCCAAGAAGAAAGGCGAUGGCUUUGUGGACACGGAGAGCAAGUUUCUGAGGCUGGUAGCUGCCAUCAAAGCUGCCUUGGCUCAGGGGUAGAGGGCCCCGAAGACAGAGCUCGGGCCUUGGCCCAGCCGCCCUCGGCAGACGCUUCAUGAGGGGAAGGACUGAAAUGUCUCACGGAUCCUGGUCCUUCCCUGAUGUCCCUGCGGCUGCUGGGUGGGGCCGAGGCCGACACCCUGGGUUUUGCCUGUGUGUGUGGAUAUGUGUGUGUCCCCUGGAAAUCUAGUUUUUCACACCUGCUGCCAUUCUGCCCCCUACUUUCACCAUGUCUUCUGGAAUUCCCAAGUCUCCCAGUACUGCCCCCCAACCCGAGUUUUCUGCCCUCUGGAGCAUGCCGGGGAGCAGGUCCUCAGGCCCCUUCCCCAGGGAAGGGUCAGGGUGACUGAGUGGGUGAGUGUCUCAGGUUACAGCAACAGUUCACAAUUCAGUAAACCAAUAAACACUGGAGCAGUGUGACAAAAUUUA